AAGCUACUCGUUCUCUACAAUGUCAACAAUCCAGCAAUAAGCUUCAGCUUUAAAAGUUUUAUUUUAAUUACAAAUAUUGAUGAGCAGUAUCAUUUGAUAUCACAUCUAAAAACUGAUUCAACAUCAAUUAAUAUGUUUAAAAAGAAGGCAUAUCUUUCUGCUCGUCCCCCCAUUCCCGGCAGAGAAGAAAUAAUGGACGAUUUUGCAAAUGCAAGUGCUGAUGACAUAGCAUUCAAACCACCAGAUAAAAACCAACAACUCAGCAUAUCUGAAAAAUCACAUGUUGAUUCUAAAUCAAAGAAUGAAUAUUUAAGUUCAUCUGAUGCUUAUUCAAAGGUAGAUACAUUUAUCCAAAAGAUUCAUUUGCUGAACAAUGAAAUUUCUUUAUUAGAGAAACAAAAGGAAAGUCUCAAGCAAUUGGAAGAAAGUUUAACGAAAGAUAUGGAUUCCAUGAAAAAAGAAAUGGGAAAAAAUGUAUCAUCUUGAUAAAAGAAAGAACAAAUUAUUUGGUUGAAGGUUAAAGUUCAUUGUUAGAGUGAAAAUUUCGUCAUGGCUCAUCAUACAUUAAUGCAGUAAUGAUGUAAAAAUACAUCAUCAAUAUUUUUACUACUCUAUUGUUAAAAAACCAAAUAAGAGUACAAAAUUGAAAUGUUUUUAAAAGUUAAAAGUCUCAAACAUGUAAUCUCUUUAUAGUAAAUAAAAGAAA